AUGGUUAUCACCUCGCGCUGGUCGGUGCCCAUUCCUCGCUGCUCCUUGCAGCAAUGGAUCUUUGGGUCGGCGUGCGGCCCGUUGCCGGACCACAAGGCCUUCAUCGAUCCGGAGAACCCAGACGCGAACUACUUGACCUUGGCCGACUACCGUCUGCUUGGGAAGCGCGUCGCCCUGGGGCUUCAGAAGGCCGGGCUCAACAAGGGCGAUAGGGUGCUCAUCUUCUCCGGCAACAACCUCUUCUUCCCCUCCGUCUUCGUCGGCGUCCUUAUGGCCGGGGGCAUCGUGACCGGAGCCAACCCGGCCUUCGUCCGCCGGGAGCUGGCAUAUCAGCUCAAGGAUAGCGGCGCGAGCUUCCUGUUGGUCGCCGAGCACGCCGUGAAGACGGCCUUCGAGGCAGCCGCCGAGGCCGGCCUGCCAAGGGACCGCAUCUUCGUCCUGGGGAGCAGCACCGUGCCCAUCUCGCGGCUGGCUUGGGCCUCCUCCCCCGGUCCGGGCGCCGGGGCCCGCGUAGACGGCGCGCGCCACUGGACGGAGCUGCUGGCCGGCCACCCCGCCGAAGCCGACGCCUGGAGCUGGGAUGAGCCCUCGGAUCCGGAAGAGACCACUUGUUGCCUCAACUACUCGAGCGGCACCACGGGCGUGCCCAAGGGCGUCGAGAUCAGCCACCGGUCGUACGUCGCCAACGGCGUCGGCGUCGCCUUCAUGAGGAGGCUCCGCCCGGACUAUGAGAAGAAGCAGAAGACGGACCGCGGGCUCGCCUUACUCCCUUUUUACCACGCCUACGGCCAGACCUUCUUCAUCGCCAACUUUCCCCACCUGCACAUCCCGGUCUACGUCAUGCCCUCGUUCGACUUUGUCAAAAUGCUCUCGUACAUUCAGCGCUUCCGCAUCACCACCCUGACCCUCGUGCCCCCCAUCGUCGUCCUCCUCGCCAAGCACCCGGCCACCGGGGAGUACGACCUCUCGUCCAUCGAGUCCAUCGGCUGCGGCGCCGCCCCGCUGACCCGAGAGGUCUCCGAGGAGGCCGAGCGCCUGUUCCGGGAGCAGCGUCGCGACGGCGGCGACGGCGACGUGUUCAUCCGCCAGGGGUGGGGCAUGACCGAGUUAACGUGCACGGCCAUGUCGUGGGACCCCAACACGCCGGUGCGCGCGUCGGCCGGCGUCGGCGAGGUCUACCCCAACUGCCGGGCCAAGCUGGUGUCGCUGGCGGACGGGCGGACGCCGAUCGAGCGCGCCGGCGAGCGCGGUGAGCUCUGGGUGACGGGCCCGACGCUGAUGCGCCGCUACUGGCGCCGGCCCGACGCCACCGCCGAGACGAUCGUCGUCGACGCCGACGGCACCCGCUGGUUGCGAACCGGCGAUAUCGCCUUCGUCGACGAGUACAAGCCCGGCGGCAUCUUCCACGUCGUCGACCGCGUCAAGGAGCUCAUCAAGGUCAAGGGGAACCAGGUCGCCCCGGCCGAGCUGGAGGGUAUCCUGCUCGACAACCCAGACGUCGCCGACGCCGCCGUCGUCGGCGUCACCAUCGACGGGGAGGAGGUGCCAAGGGCCUACGUCGUGCGGAGCCCCGGUUCCGCCGCGACCGAGCAGGACGUGGCCAGGUGGAUGGAGGGCAAGGUGGUGCGGUACAAGCAGCUCAAGGGCGGCGUCGCCUUUGUGGACGCCAUCCCCAAGAAUCCCUCUGGCAAGAUCCUCCGCAAGCAACUUCGGGAACGCGCUCAAAAAGAGGUGGGCGACGCUGCGAAAAUGACGUCGCGGCUCUGA